CUUGGGUCACCUGCAUUGCAGGCAGAUUCUUUACCAUCUAAACUACCAGGGAAGCCUCCAAGUUGGAGACUCUGGGUUCAAAUCCUGGCUCUGAGUGAUCUUGGGCAAUUCACUUAAAUCCCUCUGAGCCUCAUUUCCCACCUGUAAAGCGGACAUAAGAGGACCAACUCCCUGGCCUUGGGUUGGAUGGAGAGAAUGUACAGAAGCACUGAUGCAAAGCCGGGCUCAUCAGGGGCCUCGGAAACCCGGGUCAUUGUCACCAGAGCUUGCAAGGGUUUCCUGAUUGUAACUUACAUCCUACUCAUUCCGCAGUCCCCUCCGUUCUGUGCCCAGGCUUCUGACAGCUCUCCCUUGGGGAGGAAACGGCACUGGUGCCCUUUUGCCCAUCAGGCUGGCAUUCACUUUGGGUGCAGUUUAGUCCACCAUGGAGAAGGGAAUGGCUACCCACUCCAGUAUUCUUGCCUGGAGAAUCGCAUGGACAGAGGAGCCUGGCGGGCUACAGUCCAUGGGGUCACAGGAGCACACGACUGAGCACACACACUCUACUACAGCAGCUCUUUGUGCUCUGAGAUGCUCCUGGCAAAUCACACACACACAUACUGUCAAGGUGCAUUUAGGAAGAGGUUCCGGGUUCAGUGACCGCUUGGUCGAGGCGGAAAGAUCUCCUUAGGCUUGGCUGCUGAGGAACCACUGGGGCUUCCAGACCAGGCCUCCUGUUGGCAUGGAGGGAAAAUUAAACACCCAGCCCAAACAGGCAUCCCGGGAGCUGGCUGCCUGAUAGCUGUCCUGACAGGUCAGGAUUCUAAAGCCGAGUCACCCGUUAGAGGACCAGGCAGAAGCCUGAUCGCCCCUGCAGGCUGCUGGGAGCACCAUCUGCCCAUCCUGUGUUCCCCCUUCCCGCUCCCAGGACUACUCACUGAAGCCCCACCUACUAGGGGCAGCCUCCCCGUGCCUGAUGCUGAGUUAGCCGAAAGGCAGAUUUCCUGACAGUCAAACUAGGGCAGGAGGGAUGUCAGCGCCCCUUUGCCUUCUCUGGGCGAAAAGCAAGUGAGAGCGGUCACCCCUCCCCCACCUGAAGGUGGGAGUCGGCCUUAGCCCAAUCGCAGUGUGGAGGUGGGGUGGGGGGAGGCUACCCCCUGCUUAGUCCCGUUGCUUUUGGUAAACCGGCGCGUUCUAAUGAGACCCUCUCUCUGCGAACGCUCCUUUUCCACGCCCCUGAAUAUGACAGCCUCAACUCCUGGGCACUCCCUUCACCGCGCGGCCUGCCAGAUGCUCCGCAGGUUGGGGUGGUCUCCAGGCAAGUCUGGAGGCCGCCCAAAUCUGUCGCACCUCCUCCGUUUGGGCCCAGCCCAAGGGAGGGAAAGGGGCGUGUGUUCCUUUAAGGGGCUGGCCCGGCGGGAGCGCGGGGGUUCGUCCGCAGCCGCUUCCCUUCUGGCCAUUCAAGAUCCCUGAGUCCGUCUGCUUCCUCCGACCGGAUCAGCCCCGCAGCCCGGAGCGUUCGAGCCGUCGAGGAGCCGCCUGGGGACGUUUGCCCCAGGCCCCAGCCUUGUCUGGACACCCUGGCGCUGCCCGGUGUGUGACGCCAUGGGCCUGCAGCUCCCGAUCCUGCUGCUCCUGCUGUGCUGUGUCUCCGGCCUGCCUUUCUACAACGGCUUCUACUACUCCAACCGUCCCAACGGCCGGAACCUGGACAACGGCUACAGCGAAGGCAUCUUCAAUGGAGUGAAGCUGGUGGUAGAGACGCCCGAGGAGACCCUGUUCUCCCACCGAGGGGCCAACGUGACCCUGCCCUGCCGCUACCACUACGAGCCGGCCCCGGCCUCUCCGCGGCCUGUGCGCAUCAAAUGGUGGAAGCUGUCGGAGAACGGGGUCCCGGAGCAGGACGUGCUGGUGGCCAUUGGGCUGAGGCAGCGCACCUUUGGGGAUUACCGAGGUCGGGUGCGCCUGCGGCAGGACAGAGCGCGGGAAGUGUCGCUGGAGAUCUGGGACCUGCGGCUGGAGGACUACGGGCGCUACCGCUGCGAGGUCAUUGAUGGGCUGGAGGAUGAGAGUGGUCUCGUGGAGCUGGAGCUUCGGGGUGUGGUCUUUCCUUACCAGCACCCCCAAGGGCGCUACAAGUUCAACUUCCACGAAGCCCAGCAGGCCUGCGAGGAGCAGGACGCGGUGGUGGCCUCCUUCGAGCAGCUGUUCCGGGCCUGGGAGGAGGGCCUGGACUGGUGCAACGCGGGCUGGCUGCAGGACGCCUCGGUGCAGUACCCCGUCACGCAGGCCCGGCGCCCCUGCGGAGGCCUGGGCCUGGCGCCCGGCGUGCGCAGCUACGGCCCGCGCCACCGCCGCCUGCACCGCUAUGACGUGUUCUGCUUCGCGGUUGCCCUCAGGGGGCAGGUGUACUACCUGGAGCACCCUGAGAAGCUGACGCUGGCAGAGGCAAGGGAGGCCUGCUGGGAAGAUGGAGCCCAGAUCGCGAAGGUGGGCCAGCUGUUUGCCGCCUGGAAGUUCCAUGGCUUGGACCGCUGCGAUGCUGGCUGGCUGGCAGACGGCAGUGCCCGCUACCCUGUGGCUCACCCACGUUCCAACUGUGGGGCCCUGGAGCCUGGGGUCCGAAGCUUUGGCUUCCCAGACCCACACAGCCGCAAGUACGGCGUCUACUGCUACCGGCCACGCUAGCGCCAGGUCGCCCCCUCCCCUCACGAGCUGUAUUUAUUGAGUAGUUCGUUUUCCCUUGCAGGUUGGGGCAAUUUUCAUCUUGUUUUUAUACUUUCCAGCUUAAAAUUAUUUUUAGAUAUUAUUUUUUUGGUAAACCCCACAGAUCCCAAAUUGUCCCUUUACUCGGGUCCCUUUACCAAGGCUCUCACCCUCCUCGAAUCCUCCUGCCUCUCUCCUCUGGGACGUUUGAGGUCCUUGGGUUCAUGAGUGCUCUCUGCCAUCACUGAAUCCAUCCCCUUUCCCAGCCCCGGGAGGCUGUUUCCAGAGCCAGCAGUGGCAGGAGGAGCCAGGGCUGCGACUCGUCCUCCGCCUCCGCCUGGGGACGAGAGGGCAGCCAGGUGGCUCGAGCUGGGGUUCAGGCCUGGUGUUCUCCUGACCCUCGUACUUCUUUGGGGAGCAGCUGGCCCGUGUCAGCACGGUGGAGGAGCCUGGGCGGGAGGUGGCUCCCUGGGCUUCCACGUGACAUCCCGGGGAAGGGAGAGAGAUCCCGCCCCAUGUUUUCCUUCUCUCUUGGCUCCAAGGAGUCCUUGUUUUGUUCUCAUUUUUCCCUGUUUGGUGAGUGGCCCUCAGGUCUGGGUACUAUUUUGAACAAUAAAUGGUGCUGUGACCCCUCCCUCCAUCUUGAGCCCUCCUCUGUGUUGUGCUCUUUUUUUAAAAAAAAAAAAAAUUUGCUUCUUUACUUAUUUGGUUGCACCAGGUCUUAGUUGUGACAUGCGGGAUUUUCAAUCUGCAUUGCAACAGGCAAACCUUUAGUUGUGGCAUGUGGAAUCUAGUUCCCUGACCAGGGAUCGAACCCAGGCUCCCUGCAAUGGGAGUGUGGAGUCUUAGCCACUUAACCACCAGAGAAGUCCCUGUGUCUCAGUCUUUAUCUCAUUCAGUCUUAGGGUCCAGCUCCCUGCAGGUCCAGCUCCCUGCAUGGGGGAUGGUUCUGUCCUAGACUGAAGAGGUCGCCUGGGUCUGUCCACUGGGGUGGGCAGGGAACGCCAUGGGCUGCACCUUCAGGCUGCCUUGGUCUGGCCUGGCCUGCCUGUGUGUAUCCUGCCUCAGGGACUGACCUAGCGGCUGGAGGCCCUCCUGGCGUGUUCUCCCACCAUCCCACUCCAGGCUGUGUGUCUGCGUGGACCCAGCAUAAGAGUGGGGGGCCGGAGGAGGCUAUUCCUCACCCUGGUCCCCACCCCCACGUCAGCCUCAAGAAACCAGGUCUCCUGCUUCUGCACAGGCACACCGCUGCCAGCCACAGUCGGUCCUUCAUUUAGCCAGGCGCUUCUCCAAGUGUGGCCCGGUGCCACCAGCGUCACCUGGGAAUGUGUUUGAGAUGCAACUUUCUGCACCUGACCUCAGACCCGCUGAGUCGAAAACCCUGGAGUGGGAUCUCUCACAAGCCCUUUUAAUGCAGACUCAAGGUUGAAAACCAAUGACAUAGCUGUGUUCCCAAUGAAUCAGUUACUUAAUAAAAAGGCACAAUUUUUGAGUUCCUA